GUUUUUGUUUAUAAGUUGGUGAUUUGAAUCAGAACGCUCCAUUUUAUUUCGUCUUUCUGAAAUCAUUCAUGGUUUUGAAAGCAGAAUCUUGGGGAAAGGUUUUUCCUGAAAUUGAACUCAUUUCAGUUUUCCAUGGAAAAUUUAAGUAAUAUUAGUGGGGAAAAUGAUUAUAUAUUUGGGGGGUGCGAAGAGCGAAAGGAGUAAUUUGAGGAGCAACGUAACGACGGUGGCAUGGAUCGUCCGGAAAGCUCUUUGCAAAUGUUUGGCCAAAUUUCUACGACGUUCCAAGGCCAAUUUUAACAAUUAUACAAAUUUAAAGUUUGCAUUUGUGGCUGCAGCAAUGCUGAUACGGUGGCUUGUGAUUGUUCUUGUUUCUAUUGGGUUGCUGACUCCGACCUCCACAGCUCGACCUGAAGUUAUUGUAGCAAGCCAUGGUGCCGUUGCCACAGAUGAUAGCCGUUGCUCCAAAAUUGGCGUGGAUGUUCUACGCGAAGGAGGACAUGCUGUUGAUGCAUCGGUGGCUGCUGCUCUUUGCCUGGGGGUUGUUAGUCCUGCAUCAAGUGGCAUUGGUGGAGGAGCCUUUAUGUUGAUCAGAUCAGCCAGUGGAAAAGCUCAGGCUUUCGAUAUGAGGGAGACCGCACCUUUGCUAGCUUCUGAGAAUAUGUAUGCUGGCAAUGUUGCAUCAAAAGCAUCCGGAGCCCUUUCUAUUGCUGUUCCAGGAGAACUUGCAGGGCUUUAUGAGGCUUGGGAACAACAUGGAAAGCUUCCGUGGGCAAGGCUUGUUCAACCAGCUGAACGUCUUGCUCGCUUGGGGUUUAAAAUAUCUCCAUACCUUCAUAUGCAGAUGGUUAGGACAGAAUCAGGGAUCUUCGGAGAUGAAGGGCUCAGGAAUUUAUUAACAUCAGGUGGAAAAUUGUUGAAAGAGGGAGAUAUCGUCCGCAACGAGAAACUGGCAGACACUCUAAGAACUAUUUCUAGCUUCGGUGUCAGUGCCUUCUAUAAUGGUUCAAUUGGAAUUAACUUGAUAAGAGACAUCGGGAAGCUUGGAGGGUUGCUGUCGAUGAAGGACUUGCAGAGUUAUCGAGUUAAAAUUAGAGCCCCCAUCUUAUCUCGUAUAAUGGGUCUUGAGAUAACCACCAUGCCUCCUCCUUCCGGAGGCUCUGGAGUGAUCCUUAUGCUUAAUAUUCUGGCUCAAUAUAAACUGCCUUCGGGGCUUUUGGGCCCUCUUGGUAUCCAUCGUGAGAUUGAAGCAUUGAAACAUGUAGUCGCAGUAAGGACUAACCUCGGUGACCCUGAUUUCUACAAUGUUUCCGAAGUUCUUUCUGAUAUGCUCUCAUCCAAAUUUUCUCAACAAUUGAAGAAAACCAUCAAUGACAGCCGAACUUUUCAUCCAAGCCAUUAUGGUGGCAGAUGGAAUCCAAUCAAAGAUCACGGAACCAGCCAUUUGUCUGUAGUCGAUGGAGAACGAAAUGCCGUCUCCAUGACUACCACUGUGAACUACUAUUUUGGAGCAAAUGUACUCUCCCCAAGUACAGGAAUAGUCUUGAACAAUGAAAUGGACGAUUUUGCCAUCCCUGCUACUGUUUCUGCUAAUGAACUCCCACCAGCACCAGCCAAUUUCAUUAGGCCAGGAAAAAGGCCAUUGUCAUCCAUGUCUCCUACUAUUGUUCUGAAGAAUGGUCAACUGAAAGCUGUGGUUGGUGCAAGUGGAGGAGGCUUCAUCAUUGCGGGAACAGCAGAGGUUUUGUUGAAUCAUUUUGCAAAAGGAAUGGAUCCUUUCUCAUCUGUGAUGGCUCCCAGAGUUUACCAUCAGCUGAUUCCAAACGUUUUGAACUAUGAGAAUUGGACCACUGUGUUGGGGGAUCAUUUUGAAGUUCCUGCUGAAACAAGAGCAGCCCUUGCGAAGAAAGGUCACGUCUUAGAAGGGCUUGCCGGAGGGACAAUUUGUCAGUUCAUUGUUCAAGGUUCUAGCUCAUUGAGACAAGGUGGUGGCUUCGGGAAGCUUGUUGCUGUAAGUGAUCCCAGAAAGGGUGGGACUCCUGCUGGCUUUUGAAGAUCUUGAUUUCUUUGGAUCUGUUUUACAACUGCCGUGAUAAAUGGCGGAGUUUAUAACAUUUUAGCCUAAUUAAUGAUCUCUCUACUGUAUUAGUGACAAGUUGUUAAUACUCCAAUUCAUUGUGGAAAUAAUAACUUGUAUUAUAUAAAACAUAUAUAAAAAAUAAAAAUUGUUCUUUUGAGUUAGUUUAA